AUGAACGAGACCGAGGAUUCAUCGUCGGUAAGUGACACUGGUCGAGGAGGCGCUGGACCAUCGCAUACGCCGUCGUUUAUUGUGCAAGCGAGCAACAACCUGUUUCCGGGCCAAUGUUCCACACCGAAUGAAAUCCAUAGAGGGUUGGAGGCGCGAAUGCAGUCUGCGUCCAUGAUAAUCCCUCCAGCGACGAGUGGUGGUAUUUCUUCGAUGGAAUCAAAGAGGGGGUUUUCUGUCACUGCGGGUGAGUCCGGCCCAAAUAAGAAGCAGAGAGGAGACGGGGUUCAGCGCUCGCCCUCAGUUGGUCCGGCAUCUUUGUUUGGAUCUACGCUGAAUCCGGACGCCAAGGAAUUUCAGUUGCCGGGCCCUCAAACGAAUGAAGCUGUGGGUGCAAGUUUGGCGCCCAUGUGGCAAUUUCCACCUAUGUACGGGGCUGGUUCCUCAGUACCUGUGAUGUCCUCCGCAGUGCCAACAGCGGCAGCGCCGUGGCAGGCAACUCCAUGGCAAGCACACAGCCCUGGUAGCACAAAACCAUUCACUGUUUCUGAUCCUGAGGCACAUGCACAGAGGUGGCCGCAUGCCUCAGCGCAUCCAACAACAUUGAUGCCGCGUGACCCCAAAAUGUCUUCCAUCCCAUUGAUGCCAGACUUGAUUGCACGACAAGUCAUGGACGAGUACGCUGAAUAUUGCCGUGAGAACGGAUACCACGUUGUAAGCGUCUCCAACCUGGAGCCUGGCACCACGCAGAAGGAUUUGCUGGACAUCUUUUUUCCAAUGUGUGCCUGUCAUGCCGAGCUGCUACCAAGACAUCGUUCACCACAACCCAAUCGCCGUGCGGGACUUGUGUUUUUCCCAUUCAAAGACCCUGCGAUGAUGGCCGUUAAAAAGUUUGACUGGUUUGUUCCGCACAAACAGCGCAAACAACUUUCAGUGCGGUAUUUGGGUCCUGAUGCAUUGGAAGCUGACGCACACAGCACAUCGGUGGCUUCCGUUAACUCAACAAAACCGUUGACUACCAUCCAGCAAGCGUCCCAAUUGACGCCAGAGAGCGUGGGAAGCACCUCACAGAAAAUUCCGCGUCCCCAUGCGGACUUGGAGCGGGACAGCAUGCAUAAAGCUAUGUGGAAGUAUGUGAGGAAUAACAAGUUGUAUUUUUCUGCAAGGGGCAUCAAACAUGUUCUGGCGGUUCAUGGCCUGAAUGCAUUGAAUGCGGAGAGUGUGCUACAAUCCGUUUUUGUCAGCAAAGGAGCAGAGGGGUAUGAUAUAUGGCAAAUGAAUGCCUCUCCCUCCCUCUCCACUACAAAGUCAUCUGAAGGCGUCAGUGCCCUGGUCCGGUUCACACAGGAGUCAAUGGCGAAGUUGGUGAUGGCGUGGGUUCAACAGCAACAUCAAGAAGAAGGUCAGACACACGCGAUGGAUGUUGUGCACCUUAACAGCCUGGAUUUUGCCAGUGAGAAAUCUUUGAACGACACGUCUGAGGUACACAGUGCCGCCCACGCUGCUACCAAUGGUAGUUUGUUGACCACUGCUUCUCCUUCUUCGAAUGUGAUAAUGGCUGAAAAUAUUGAUGCAUUGUUUCCUCGCAAGUAUGACGACCCUAAUGCGCAUCUGGUUGCCGUUGACAGAUCCACUCCAAAUACGGAUCAUGGGACACAAGCCAGUAUCUUCUCUCUGCACGGCAGGGCUCAUGGUGUGGCGGUGCAUCCCACUGUCGCCAAGCUUGACGGUGAGCCACAUGGAAGUGGUGUGGCAUUUCUUGGUAACGAAUCCACUGUCCGUGAGGUCGUGGAGAAAUGGGACUGCUCUGUGCCUGUAACACAGCCGAACCUGCUUAAGGCUCCUCACCUGGGAGAGGAAGAGAGUUUACGAGUGAUGACGCCAUUGGACUGCGCCUCCCUCUACACCGGGUUGGCGGAGGAUGUGACCAGUGGUGUGGUGCCUGGUACCAAGCUAAAUGACAUGGUUGUGGUUGUACAGAAUAUGCUGUACACACCUGCACUGAACGACGAGAAGUUGAUGGAGCAGAUGAGGCGGGUGAUUACGCACCCAGCUACCACGAAGGAGGUGGUUGAGCAACUUGCCUCCGUCAUUGACAGGACACUGACAGAGAUGAAGCACCAUGCAGGAACCCUCGCCACCCCACUAGCGAAUGCUCUGAUGCUUCUGCAUGAGAAGUUGAAUAUUCCGCGAAAUGGUACGCAUGACGCCAACGUGGAGGAGGGUGUUUGUGACUCCAAUCUGGGGAAGUACACGGAUUACAUGAUAUUGAUAGCACGCACUGUGAUAAAUCUAUUUAUGGAUGAAACGAAGCCGCCUGAAUCACGUAAAGUUGCGGCCAUGUUGGGCGGGUACCUGUUUCAGUUUUCUUACCUUGGAGAGAAGACUCCAUACGAACUGUCCGUAGGGCUUAUGAAUAAGUAUAAGAUGGCGCUGAAUGAUGCCCGAGACUACGUUAUGAGGCCGCAUAUGAACACCACAAACUCUGUGACAUUUCUGGGGCAAGAGGGGGAGGAUGAGAAACACAAGCCGUGGCUAACGCUUCUGGAGUGCCUAGAGGAGUUGACGUCGGUUUGGCGACAAAGUAACAAGUCGCGUGCGAAAAAGGAUCCCUUUCGUAAGGAAUAUGAGCGACGGUUAAGUGAGUUUUCUCAAGCGGGUAUGACACGUACAGGCGGUGGGAGUUCAGUGACCGCGAGCACCCGCCCUACUCCUAAACGUGUGGUGGCGAAAGUCGUCCCUGGGUCUGCGGGUGGAAGUCUCAAUAGAACUCCUGGUCUAACGUGUGGCUCUUCGGUUUCCUCGCGCGUUAACCCUCACUCGCUUGGGAAAUACAGUGGCGUGUCACACGAUGUCUCCAUGGAUAGCAAUGCUUCCCUUCUGGCAGUAUUACCAGACUUUUCCACAACAAACAGCAGCCUCUCUCCCCGGAUGCGGAUGGAUGGAAGCACUUACAUGCUUGCAACGAAUCUAUCACCAUGCCAACUGCAAUCACCACCGAUACAAAGACAUGAUGCUCCUGCACGGGGUGAUCUCUCGGACGGAGUAUGUUUUACGGGGGCAGUGAAACCAAUGCCGGGGUGGGCACGCGCAAAUGCUGGACUCACGCAAUAUAUUUACACCCACACGGAGCUUUUGGAACGCACAGUGUAUAUUACAAAACUGCCCUCCUUUCUUCGACGUGCGCAGUUUCGUCGACUGUUGCUCCACUUUGGGGAAUUUAACAAGGUGCGCUUGUGCCGUGACGACAAUCAGACGCAAAUGAAAGCUGAGCCUGUCUUUGCUGCUGCUGCUACUACUACUACUACUACGUCUAAUGUUGCGGCGCCCUUUUCGGCUGUCACGGCUGCUGCGCAUGGGAGCGAACCUCCAGUGUUGCUUUACUUUAGUUUUGUGGAGUUUGCUGAACAAAGCAGCGCCAGGGCAAUGAUUGAGUACUUUCGAAAUGUUGUGACGAACCCGCAGCCUUUUAGUUUCCUCCGCGAUAUUUCGGUGGCGUUGCCCGAAUCGGGCCAUUUUACUCCCCAGGAAAUUCAAGGGUUGCUGGGUGUUAGAGCCAGCCCUGCACGGAAUCCCAUUCACGAUCAACAUUCCUUGGACGCCGUUCUCGUCUCAGAUACAAACACCCCUCGUCAGGUGCUGCGUAAGCAACCGUGUCUCUUUGGUUUUGACGGGGCUGAGAAGAGGUCUGACGCUAGCGCUGAUGCAGAUGCGUCGGCGGCGUCUGUUCCUUCUGCCGUUUUUGAAAAUUUUGCUGGCGGUUAUGUGGGAGGCGGCGAUCGAAAGACGGAGGUUGCGGUGCUGGCCGCGUCGGAAUCGUUGCAGUGGCGCCCGUCCGCAACGACUGAGGCGCAGUCGUUGCGUUUUCGCUCCGACGCGGCGGAGGCGCCUGGUCAGAGCGAUCACGACCUCAACGCAACUCCGGAGAUGUGGCUAGCGAAGGAGACGUGGCUGACGCACGAGGGAGACCCGUUGGAGGGUGUUUCUUUCAUUGAGGGCCCCGCCGGCCCGACGCCUCCCACCUCCGUCAAGGUGGACAGCAAGGACGUUUUAUCGCCGCAGUUAUUGUCGGCCAUUGAGAACCUCUUCCGCGGCAACGACGAUGGAUGCACAAGCUGA